GUGUGGACACAGAAAAACAACCUCAGUAUCCGAGAAAGUUUUACCUUAACCUUUGAUCCGUCAGAAAAACCUCUCCAAGUCAUCGUCCCUUUGACCUUGCAACUCUUUGUUAGGGCAAUUAAAACAAUUUCAAAACAUCAGCCUUAAUUCAUACUACCAUUCUUUUGUUUCUGCAAAUUGUCGUUUUGCCAUUACCAUCUUCACAAUCCUCCGUUAACCUAAGCCACCGUUGUUAGUGGCUGAAAGACCAAUUCAUGUUCCAUUGAGAAAAUUGAAAUCCAGAUGAGUUUCGUGCCAAAGGAGACAAUCGAAGUCAUUGCACAGAGCAUUGGCAUCACCAACUUAUCCUCCGAUGUUGCCCUCGCUCUCGCUCCCGAUCUCGAAUACCGCAUUCGCGAAAUCAUGCAGGAGUCGAUAAAAUGCAUGCGCCAUUCGAUGAGAACUUGUCUUACUACAGAUGAUGUGGAUACUGCACUUGCAUUGAGAAAUUUAGAGCCGAUAUAUGGGUUCACCUCUAGUGAUCCUCUGCGGUUCAAAAGAGCUGCUGGACAUAAGGAUUUGUUUUACAUUGAUGACAAAGAUGUGGAAAUUAAAGAUCUAAUCGAAGCUCCUUUACCAAAAGCACCCCUUGAUACAUCAAUUACCAGUCACUGGUUGGCUAUUGAAGGUGUUCAGCCUGCAAUCCCUGAAAAUGCUCCAGUUGAAGCUCCCCCUGAGAUAAGAAAAUCUGAAUAUAAGGAAGAUGGUCCUAUUGAUGUUAAAUUACCUGUUAAACAUUUAAUAACAAGGGAGCUUCAGCUUUACUAUGAGAAAAUAACUGAGCUAACUUUAAAUAAGCCUGGAUCCAUUCCUUUUAGAAGAGCAUUGAUUAGCUUGGCAGCAGACUCGGGACUCCAUCCCUUAGUUCCAUAUUUCACAUGCUUUGUUGCUGAUGAGGUGGCACGAAAUUUAAAUAAUUUUGCUGUUUUGUUUGCCUUGAUGCGCCUUGUGCGGAGCCUUUUGCAAAAUUCUCAGAUACAUAUAGAACUUUAUUUACAUCAAUUGAUGCCGGCUAUCAUUACUUGCAUUGUUGCAAAAAAGAUAGGAAACAGACUAUCUGAUAAUCACUGGGAGCUUAGGAACUUCAGUGCUAAUCUUGUUGCUUCAAUAUGCCAAAGAUUUGGGCAUGUUUAUCACAAUCUUCAGUCACGUGUGACAAAGACAUUUCUUCAUUCUUUCUUGGACCCUACAAAAGCUCUGCCCCAACACUAUGGUGCAAUUAAAGGAAUAGAAGCCCUUGGGUCAAGAGUGAUUCGCUUGCUUAUACUUCCAAAUCUCGAGCCAUAUUUGCAUCUUCUUGAGCCAGAAAUGCAACCCGAGAAGCAAAAAAAUGAAAUUAAGAGGAAUGAAGCUUGGCGAGUUUACGGAGCCUUGCUGGGUGCAGUAGGUCAAUGUACGUAUGAAAAGGUCAAAAUGUUCACCAGUUUGCUCUCUCCUACAACUCGUGUUACUUCAAGAGGCAAUGGAAAAGCCAUGAUUGCAAUGUCAGGGAAACGAAAAGCCAGUGCAGACAAUCUAAUGCAGCAGCAGCAGCAACCUCCACUGAAGAAACUUGCAGCAGAUGGCCCUGGUGGUGUGGUGCCAAUGAACUCCAUGUCAGACAUGCAAGGUUCAACAGGUGGAUUUUCCACCAUGAUGGGGGUUCCUUCCAUGUCGAUGGCUCGCCAAUUAUCCAACGACAGCGCGCAGGGGAGAGAGGUUGGAGGAGACCAACAAAGGAAGGUGUCUUCCACUCUUGCUCAGGCUUGGAAGGAUGACAUUGAUGCAGGAAAUUUGGUGUCAUCAGUGGUUGAAUUGUUUGGUGAAAGUGUCUUGCCAUUUGUUCCAAACCCUGAAGCAUGUAUGUUUUUGUAGCACUAGUUGCACUGCACGGUAGGUAUACUUGUUUUUUCAUGCAACAAGGUGGCAUCACUUGCUGCAGAAUAUAAAUAACCAUAGGCUAGAAUAGAAAUUAACCUGUAUUUAUUUUUCAUUGAUUUUUAAAGUCAUGGAAAAAACCAUAAACACUUCUGGGGUUUUGUCUUC